CACGAGAGAUCGUAGGCGUAUACUAGGUCAUUCUCGCGCGCGAUGUAGUGGUCGGACCUCGGGGGCGUCUUUGUCCCGCGCUGCCAGUCUCGAAAUAAAGAACGAAUCAGGCCGAGCUGAAUAGUUGGCUCGCUCGCUCGCUCAUGCCACCAUAAAAGCCCCAAACUCCGCCUAGCAAACACAAACAACCCCUCUCCGUCCCCGCAACACCAAACACUAAAAAGCUUCUACCCAAACGUGAGUAAAUUCGCCACACCAUGGCCUGCCCCGAUUGCUUCCGCGGUGGCGCCGCAACAGGCGAACCCAAGGGCUCAAUGGAGACCCUCCACGGCGUGGAAACCUACAUCGCCGGCGGCGCACCACCCGGCAUUGAAACCUCCGGCUCAACCAUCAUCUUCUACACCGACGCCUUCGGCCUGAAGCUCGUCAACAACAAGCUGCUCGCCGACGCCUACGCCAUCGGCACGCACUGCCGCGUCCUGGUCCCCGACAUCAUCCCCGGCGGGCCCAUGGACCCCGCCGUGAUGCCCAUCAUGGACCGCGUGAUGACGCCCGUCGGCCUGUUCAACGUCCCCGGCCAGCUGGCGCGCGCGUGGAGCCUCGUCCGCGCGCUGUCGUACUUCGUGCCCUUUUUCUGGCGCGCGUUUCCCAGCUACAAGGCCAGCUACGCGCCGUGCUUGGCGUAUGCGCGGAAGGUGCGGGCGGGGCUGCCUGCGGGCGCGAAGAUGGGCGUUGCGGGGUUCUGCUGGGGCGGGCAUCAGAGCUUGAAACUGUGCACGGAGAGUGCGGCGGAAGGGGGAGGAGGGGAGCAGGGGCUGGUGGAUGCGCAGUUCUGCGCGCAUCCGUCUGGGCUGAAGAUGCCGGAUGAUGUGGUGCAGCCGGUGCUAAGGUUUAAGACGCCUGUGGCGGUUGCGCAUGCGCAGGAGGAUUUUCAGCUGCCGACGAAGAAGGUGGAGGAGGCGGAGGCGCUGUUGAGGCAGGAGGCGGGCGAUGGGCAGGGCGAGAAUGGGUUUUAUUAUCAGAUUAGGAUUUACGAGGGGGUGCAGCAUGGGUUUGCGGUUAGGGCGAAGCCGGGGGAUGAGAAGGAGGCGAGUGGUGCGGAUGAGGCGACGGUGCAGGCGAUUGAGUGGUUUAAGAGAUGGCUUUGAGAUGGACGGGGCGGUGGAGGGUUUGGGGAUGCUGGGCAGAUAGUGUGAGGUGAACCGUUCUGAGAUCGGAUAAUUAUCACGGUGGAACUUUGCUGGUAUUGAAUUUGCGCUCUGGACUUGGGAUAUGUGUAGGGCUGGGCAGGAACCUAGGUAUAAGGGCGUUCAGGAGCGGUGUUGGACUGCAUUCUUGGUAGUCAGAACAAUCGAAUUGACUUUCUAAGGUGUCCUUA